AUGUCAUCAGGAAGUCAGUUCAAACAAUUGGAGAAACUGGGUAAUGGUACCUAUGCUACCGUUUACAAGGGGUUAAAUAAGACUACGGGAGAGUUUGUAGCAUUGAAGGAAGUUAAGCUGGAUUCCGAAGAAGGUACUCCAUCCACCGCAAUCAGGGAAAUAUCAUUGAUGAAAGAAUUGAAACAUGAGAAUAUUGUGAGGUUAUACGAUGUGAUUCAUACUGAGAAUAAAUUGACUUUGGUUUUUGAAUAUAUGGACAAAGAUUUGAAAAAAUAUAUGGAUUCUAGAACUGUAGGCAACGCUCCAGUUGGUUUGGAGUUACAUCUAGUCAAGUAUUUCCAAUGGCAGCUAUUGGAAGGUUUAGCUUUUUGUCAUGAAAACAAGAUCUUACAUAGAGAUUUAAAGCCACAAAAUCUUUUAAUUAAUAAGAAAGGUCAAUUGAAGAUUGGUGAUUUUGGUUUGGCAAGAGCAUUUGGUAUUCCCGUGAACACUUUUUCGAGUGAAGUCGUAACGUUAUGGUAUCGUGCCCCAGAUGUGCUAAUGGGGUCCAGAACCUACUCCACUUCCAUCGAUAUCUGGUCCUGUGGUUGUAUUUUAGCAGAAAUGAUCACAGGGAAACCAUUGUUCCCAGGUACAAACGAAGAGGAACAAUUGAAGUUGAUUUUUGAGACUAUGGGCACUCCAAACGAACAAAGUUGGCCCGGUAUCUCGUCCUUACCCAAGUACAACCCGGGGUUUCCUCAACAUUUGCCAAAAAAUCUUAAAUCAAUAUUACAAGCACACUGUGCGUCUGAUUUGGACGAUACUCUAAUAGCCCUAUUACACGGGUUGCUUCAACUGAACCCAGACAUGAGACUAAGUGCCAAACAGGCAUUGCAUCAUCCUUGGUUCGCGGAGUACUACCAACAACAGCAACAAUAG